UUUCUUACGCCUCAGUUUUUGGUGUUCAGUUACGAAAUUUACGACACUAGCCAACUAAUCCAGACAAUAUUAUUGGAUGAUUUAUUGGUUGAUGGAAAACAUCGGAGAAUUGAGGAUAUAGCGAUAAAAAACUACGAUGGAAGCUUGUUCAUCCAACGGGUAUUAAAACUUACCGACAUAAGCCCAUUUGCAGUUGCAAGCACGGUAUUGGAAAUACCACCGGAAAAGCAAAAUGCGACAGAACUGGACACUUUAUUGUUGCCGUUGAAUCAUUCAAAAAUUAUGAUUCCGUAUAUUCAAGCGAUGGCUGCUGCACCAUUUGCGCUUGGAGCAGUAGAGUUGAAGAAAAAUGACAAAAUAUGGGAUAUCCUGGCAAUCGGUCUUGGUACCGGGAUUUUGAACGGCUUUCUGCACGAUGUCUUUAGCAAUAUGAAUAUAACAGUGAUAGAAUUGCAGCAAGGAAUGUAUGAAAUAGCUAAGAAAUAUUUCGGUCUAAUCGAAGACAAUAAUCAAAGAAUAAUCAUUGAGGAUGGUUUAGAGUAUUUGCAGGAAAAUGCAAAUCAGUCGAAAUUCGAUGUGAUCUUUAUCGAUGCUUGCUAUGACAGAAUUGUGGACGAAGUGAUAUGUCCCGUUGAAGCUUUCAUGUUGAAAAAAAAUUUGAAAAUUAUUAAAGAAACAUUAAGCGAAAAUGGCAUCGUCAUCUUAUCAGUCUUGACGUUUGAAGAAUAUAAACUCAGACAGAUACAAAAAAACUACACGAAUGUAUUCGGCAACUGUCAUCUGAUCACCGAUAGCUUAAAUCACGUCAAUCAUGUCCUUGCGUGUGGUGAAUCUCGAAGAAAAAAGACUGAAUUUGCCAGAAAAUUGAGAGAAAUUUACAAGAAAUUUGGAUUUUACUCAGAACCAAAUGUUGAUUGGAUGCAUCGAUGA